ACCAGUGACUUCAAAGGAGAGUAAACAUUGACAUCCAACACUAGCAGUAGCCAGACCCAUUAUGAGUGUGAGAGCCUUCAGCUGCGUCCUGCUGACGGAGAAGCCAGCGGUGGGCAAAGGAAAAGACACGGCCGGGAUUCAGUGUGUGGAGUGCUGCUGCAAAAGCCUCUAUAUCGGUGGGAAGGACAGCGUGGUCCACCAGCUAAACCUGCCCAGUGCGGUAGCCACCGAUGCCCCAAACAUCCGGGAGGUGAAGCGGCGUCAGAUGGGCCGCAGCGGCCCUGUCUCUCAGCUGAGGGCCAUUCCGGUCCUCAACCACCUGCUGGUUCUCUGGGACGGUUCCGUCACUGCCCUGAACAUGUUCUCCUUAGAACCUGUCUCGCCGUUAAAGAAGAUCCCGAACGUGUCGUGUAUGGAAGUGGGCAGCUCUGUGUCCUCGACUCAGCAGGUGUACGUAGAGCUGGUCACAGCCUCCGUAAAGAGGAGGUGGAUCAGCGUCCACAGGGUGUACGUGGACAAGUGGGAGUGUGUGAAGCAGAUGCCGCUGGGGCGGGAGCCUCUGGCCCUGGCCGUCAGGGAGCCCUGUGUGUGCGUCGCCACGGCCGACAGGUACAUGCUGUGCGACUACGAGAGCGGAAACACACUCGACCUGUUCCAGCACAACCUGGCCAGGCAGAACCUGCUAGUCAAACAGGCAGGAGAAAGGGAGUUCCUGCUCAACGGGCCUGGCUCACUGGGCAUGUUUGUGAUGUCAGAUGGCAUCUCCCAGCGUCCUCCAGUGCCAUGGCCGGCGGGCAUCCUGGACGCGGCCGUGUGCCACCCCUACACCCUGGUGCUGCAGGACCAGGCACAGACCGUGCAUGUUUACAGCACGCUGGACCAGCAGCUCAAGCAGGUCAUCCCCAUACCCAAGGCAGCGACACUGACCCCCACCACAGAGGGGGUGUUAGUCAUCGCGGAGAGGGAGAUUUACUGCCUGCGUCCAUGUGCCCUUGAGGAUCAGAUCGAGGCUCUGAUGGCGGAGGAGAGGAUGGACCAGGCUCUGGUCCUGCUGGACGGUGUUAGAGAGCUCCUGCCACAGCACUCAUACCAGGACCUAAGGAAGAACAUUUCCUGCAUGUUGGGAUUAAUGCACUUCUACCAGGAGAGUUUCAAAGAGGCCAAAGGACUCCUGAUAGACGGUGACUUGGACCCGCGGGAAAUCAUCCGUCUGUACCCAGAGGUCAGCGACGUCUGUGGGGACUUCGACAGCCAGCUGCCGUCCGUCAGCACCAGCAGGGACCUGCGCCUCAUGAGCACGGAGGACCAGGCCUCGCUCCACCGCUUCCUCCACUUCCUGGGCGACUUCCUGCAGGCGGUCAGAGGGACCACUCAGGGUCUGUCGUGUCGCUCGGACGUCGACUCCGCACUCCUGAAAGUCUACUUGCAGUUGGGGGAGAGUGAGAGGCUCGGUCAGAUGGUGACCUCUCCCAAUGACUGCCAUCUUGACCUGAGUGCAUCUGACCUGAGACAGCACAAAAGAUUCUUUGCCCUUGGACUGCUCUACCAGAGCCACGGUCAACAUUUCAGUGCGAUUCAGACGUGGGUGAGGAUGGCCGAAGGGCAGUAUGAUGACAGCUCUCAGACAGCGGCCGACGCGUACGAGCACAUCCUGAGUACACUGAGACAGCUGGACGACAGAGACACCUUCUGGAGCUUUGCGGAUUGGGCCGUGCAGAGAGAUCAAGAGGCAGGAGUCCAAAUCUUCAUGCAGGACACUGAAAGACCCAUCCCAUCCUGUCACGCGGACGAGGUCAUCCCUUUUUUACAAAAGUAUCCCGUGUCUUCACUGAUGUAUCUGGAAUAUUUGGUUGGAGUAUUAAAAAGCAAGGAGGAGAGCCAUCACACCCUCCUGGCGCUGGCGUACAUCGCCCGGAUUCUCCAGCGCAGCCCCGGAGAGGCGGACGCAUCGGCCGGCGAAGACAUCAGACGCAAGCUGCAGCAGCUCCUGUGGCUAUCUGCUCACUGUGACACGGUCGCUGUGCACGAUAAAAUUGCAUCCACAAAUUUACACACGGAGAAAGCGAUCUUGCUUGGGAAGACUGGGGAGCAUAAGAAGGCCCUGCAGAUCUUAGUCCAUGAGGAGAAGGACAAGCAGGCAGCCGUGGACUACUGUUGGAGGACCUCUGCUGGCCGCGAGCGGGACUUCAGGCAGAGGCUUUUCCUCUCGCUGCUGCAGAUCUACCUGGACUCCACGGCAGCAGAGGGCGCUGCAGCAGACCUGCUGAACCGUCACGCCAGGGCGUUUGACGCGGCCGCCGUGCUGCAGGCGCUGCCAGCGGCCUGGUCCGUGCAGAUGGUGGGGAGCUUCCUCCAGGAGGCGCUAAGGAGCGCGUUCCACCAGAGGAGGAUGAGGCAGGUGGAGGCGACUCUGACCACCGCAGAGCAGCGCAGGGUCACAUCCACACGGACUGAGGCUGCAAACAGGAUGAUCAAACUGGAACGUGGCACCAGGUGCCAGGUCUGCCAGCGUCUACUCGCACGACCCGAGUUUGUCUUCAUGCCAACGGGCGAGCUCGUCCACCUCCACUGCACCACGGGUGGCAAAGGUGCCCCUGGCACCGUCAUAACAACAUCAUAACGUCUCGCAAAGGCAUGGGUCCUAAACAAAGGCUGAAGGGCACAAAGCUGACCCUACUCCAAAAGCCUACAUCUAUGUCAGUCUCCAAAGACCUACAUCUCUGUCAGUCUCCAAAGGCCUACAUGUCUAUCAGACUCCAAAGGCCUACAUGUCUAUCAGACUCCAAAGGCCUACAUCUCUAUCUGACUCCAAAGGCCUACAUCUAUUAGACUCCAAAGGUCUAUAUAUCUCUAUCAGACUUCAGUCCACAGGCCAGGCUUUUAGCGACUUAAAAACACUAGUCAGCAAUUGAACUCAGGUCGACCACGUCCCCCAAGCAGCGAUAUUUAUUUUACUGCUGCAACUCCGUGCUCACUACUUACUCUGGGGGUGCAAGUGAGGGGGUGGGGAUAUCGCUCCAAAUGCCCACUCUCAUCUUCAAUCUUUCUGUAAAUGGCUGCAUAAUUAGAGUAACAAUAUGGAAACUAUCUGUGAAAUGAUACAUGGCACAAGGCAAUGAGCUCUUGAAUUGUGUGUAUUGUACAUGGGUACGCACUGUGCAAUGAGCUCUUGAACUGUGUGAAUAGUCUACAUGGGUACACACUGUGCAAUGAGCUCUUGAACUGUGUGAAUAGUCUACAUGGGUACACACUGUGCAAUGAGCUCUUGAACUGUGUGUAUUGUACAUGGGUACAAACUUUGCGUGCUCUUGUCUCUUUUUCCGCAGUGGCCUCUUAACGGUCCGCUCGUAAGUUCUUUUAGUGGCCGCUGGGCUGACGUCAGCACAAGGGGGCGCCCAGGGCAUGGCCCCCCCGCACGUCUCGUCCGGCUCGUUCGGAGCCAAUAACAGUGCAGCUCCGGCGCUCAGCCCGCACUCACCAGCGGCACACGAGUGAGAAGAAGAGAGGCUUUGCAGGGGACCAAACACACCGCUUCGUUUUAAUUAGCGACUUUAUGGCCAACUUGGCAGCUCUGAAGAUGUGUGUGUGUGUGUGAGAGAGAGAGAUUGAGUGGCUGUGUGUGUGUGAGAUUGAGUGGCUGUG